GCUUUCAGCAGAAAAAAAAAAGAAAAAAAAAAUGGAGAAAGAAAAAGCAAAAGGAAACAGAAGCAGAGCCAUAAAUCUUCAUCUAUCUGCUCUGUAAUCUCCUUAUCUCUAGAAACCCCAUCUGGGUUUUAUUGGAAUUUGCAUUUUGAGCUUAGGUUUCCUUUUAUUUACGAUGGAUACCCCUGCAGAAGAGCUGUUGAAGAAGAUCCAAGAGCUCGAAGCCGGCCACGCCCAGCUCAAGCAGGAGAUGUCGAAGCUGAUGCUCGGCGGCAACGAUUCCAGGCCAGAACAUAGCCAUCAGCGGUCCCACUCCGUCUCGCCGCAGCGGCCACGGCUUGGCCACUCGCGGCGGAAGAACAGCGGGUUCGAAGCCGCCGCGGCAUGGCAGAGAGGCUCGUCGUCUUUCCGCCAUUCGUCUCCGUUGCAAAGGGAGAGCGGGAGCCGUGAGGCUGCUGCUGCUACCUCCACGGGUGGCGGCGUCAGCAGCUCUGCUGCGGGACCGGCAGUUCGUUUCACGGAUAAGCAGUGUCUGAAUAUCUUGCAGUGUUUGGGUCAGUCGGUGCAUAUAUUCGAUCUCGACGGGCGGAUCAUUUAUUGGAAUCGAUCCGCUGAACGCCUCUAUGGUUAUUGUGCAUCGGAAGCUCUCGGUCAGGAUGCAAUAGAACUACUUGUUGAUGCUGAUAAUUUCCACACGGCAACUAAUAUAAUAAACCGGGUAACUACGGGGGAGAGCUGGACCGGGCAGUUUCCAGUCAAGAAUAAAUCAGGGGAGCGGUUCUUUGCUGUUGCCACCAACACUCCGUUUUAUGAUGAUGAUAGUCGUCUGGUUGGUGUCAUUUGUGUGUCAAGCGAUUCACGGCCUUUUCAGGAACUGAGGGUCCCAUUGGCCAAUACAAAACCUUUGGAAGCUGAAGAUAGCUAUAAUCGAAGCAGUUCUGUAAAUAAAGUGGGUAUUGAUUCUCAACAACCUCUGCAAGUUGCAAUUGCCUCCAAAAUAUCUAAUCUGGCUACUAAGGUGACAAACAAAGUUCGCUCACGAAUACGAACAAGCGAGCACGGUGCAGAUCGUGAAAGUUUGAGUGGAGAUGGACAUCAUUCAGACCAUGAUACAAAUCUCUCUGACCAUAGAGAGGAUGCAGCAUCAAGUGGAGCUAGCACACCAAGAGGAGAUGUGCCGCCUUCCCCUUUUGGUGUAUUUUCGGCUGCACACGAGGAGAAAUUCCCUAGAAGUUCUCCAGAAGGUUCUGGCGAAGAGUGUGAUGGGAAAGCAGGAAUUCACAAGAUCAUAAGUUCAAAAGCAGAGGCAUGGAUUGCUAAGAAGGGGUUAUCGUGGCCAUGGAAAGGUCAUGAGCGUGAUGGGGCAGAGGGAAAGACUCGAUUUGUCUGGCCCUGGUUGAAUAACGAUCAUGAAAAUGACCCGAAUCAUCAGAGAAGUCCUGAAACAGGUGCAAAGUCGGAGCACCAAGUGACUGAAACUAACCGGCCAGGUAAUAAUGAGGCAUCAGGAUCCUGGUCGUCCUUUAAUGUUAACAGUACAAGUAGUGUCAGCAGCAGCGGUAGUACUAGUAGCAGUGCCCUUCAUAAAGUGGACAUGGAAACAGACUGCUUGGACUAUGAAAUUUUAUGGGAAGACCUGACGAUUGGAGAGCAGAUUGGGCAAGGUUCUUGUGGCACUGUAUAUCAUGGUCUCUGGUAUGGAUCGGAUGUAGCAGUUAAAGUAUUCUCCAAGCAAGAAUAUUCAGAUGAAGUGAUACUUUCUUUUAGGCAAGAGGUGUCACUUAUGAAGAGGCUACGGCAUCCAAAUAUACUACUUUUUAUGGGGGCCGUAACUUCUCCUCAGCGCCUCUGCAUCGUUACGGAGUUCCUUCCAAGAGGAAGUUUGUUCCGUUUGCUUCAAAGAAACACAACUAGGCUGGAUUGGAGAAGGCGCGUUCACAUGGCUCUGGACAUUGCACGUGGCAUGAAUUAUCUUCAUCAUUACAACCCGCCUAUCAUCCAUCGUGAUUUAAAGUCAUCAAAUCUUCUAGUUGAUAAAAAUUGGACUGUGAAGGUUGGGGAUUUUGGUCUAUCGCGCCUCAAGCAUGAGACGUAUUUGACAACAAAGACCGGGAAAGGAACGCCGCAAUGGAUGGCUCCAGAAGUUCUUCGCAAUGAGCCCUCAGAUGAGAAGUCUGAUGUAUACAGCUUCGGGGUGAUUCUGUGGGAAUUAGUCACUGAAAAGAUCCCUUGGGAUAAUCUGAACUCAAUGCAGGUGAUUGGAGCUGUGGGGUUCAUGAACCAGCGGCUAGAGCUCCCAGCGGACCUGGACCCACAGUGGGUGUCGAUCAUUGAGAGCUGCUGGCAUAGUGAACCUGCAUGCCGGCCAACAUUCCAGGAAUUGCUUGAAAGGUUUAAAGACUUGCAGCGGCAGUUUUCUAUCCAAUCUCAGAUGCACCGCUCAUCCGCUCAGGGAGAUACCACCCAAAGAGUGCCACAAAACUAAUCGUGUGAAGGUUUGUAUUUUUUCGUCAUGUGCCGUUAUUUUUGGGGUUUGGAUCUUCCAACUACCUGACCUCUGAUUGGAAAGAGAGAAAUGUAGAAUAUCACGCGAUCUUUUACUGGCCAAAGUACAUAGCUGGACAUGCAUGGCUUUGUUGUAACUAUUCGGGUCCACUUGUGAUUGCCGGAAAUGGUAAGCUGUCGAACUUUCUGGUAGGAUGGUUUGCAUCAGGUGGCGCCCCCAAAGUGGUUGAAGGAUCAUGUAAAUUGUUUUCAGUUGCAUCUCAUCAGCUGAGCUUUUGCUGUGGUCGUUGUUAUUGUUGCCAUACUGCUGCUGUGGCAGUGAUUUUCUUAGACCUUUAAAAAAAAGGUGAUGGGUGGAAAAUGUGUUUGUGAUUUGAUUCA